UGCAGCGAAUGGGGAUCGGCAUGACGAGCUUGGUGAAGAAGAUGGUAGUCUGCGGUGGCGGCAGGAGCUUCCCGGGCGGGCUGCCGGAAGGCCGUAUCUGGGUGUGCGUGGGCACGGAGGGGGCGGCGGUGCAGAGGUUCGAGGUGGAGGCGAACUUCUUGAACCACCCGCUCUUCGAGGACCUGCUGCGGCUGUCGGUGCCGGAGUUCGGCUACGCAUACGAGGGGGCGCUGCGGAUCGCGUGCGGCAUCGACUUCUUUCUCUACUUGCUCCAGCGGCUGAGGAGCAGCGACCCCUCCGUCCACUACAUGGAGCUGCAGGACCUGAAGGCCAGCUUCUACGAGUCGGCGGGCGGUAGCGGACAACAUCGUCCGAGUUGCCACCACCACCGCCGCCGCCGAUUCUAAUUUUCCUAUAACAAAACUAUUCUCUAAUUCUAUUUUUUUUUCUUCUUCUAAAAAAAAAGAAGAAAUAUUUG